UUCCCAAGAUGUGCCCAAACCAUCUUGUCUGGAAUCCAGAAAUACAGGAGUGUGGCAGAGACGGUUGUGAGCCACAGGAAGCUUCUGAUUCGUGUCCUCUUGCGUGGCUGCAGAAUAAGAUGGUGUGUUACUUGUACGUCGGAGGAGCACAAAACUUCACUCAAGCUCGCGUUUCUUGUGAGGGUCAAUACAGUAUGUUGGUGAAUCUUGCCACGAAGUCUGAGCGGGCCUUUGCAAUCAGCAUACUACGGUCACGAGCGGUGGGAGAGCGCAGUUUUGGCAUAUGGACGGAGACAUGGUAUAAGGAGGACGGAAAAUGCCCACUGGUCAAUUUGUCGAGUAUUGACGGCAAUGCACAUAUCUACAAAGAUGAUUGUUUCAGUCUUUCUCCGUAUAUUUGUAAGCGGUCCGCAGGGACGCGCCUGCUCAGUAAGCUACUGUACAGCACGUGUAGGUCAUGUACUGAACAGCCCGGAUGUGGGUGGUGUGACCACAAACAAAGAUGUCUGCCGGGCCACGAGUCUCAGCCGUGGAGAGAGCAGUGUUGGACAUGGUUUUAUCACGACUGUUUCUCUGUAGACACUCACAUGGGAUGUUCUAGUCAAAUUGAGUAUAUCGGCUGUGACUACCGGCAGUGUAACUCUACCAUACGGUAUUCCAAUGAUGAGCUCUGUCACAGGUGUAGAGACGUGGAGGCCUGCUUCAGUGACGAUAUCUCAUAUAGCUGCCGUCAAUGGGACAUGAGGAAAUGCCCAAAUGGCCUAGUGCGACCGGUCUAUAACCAUGGCAACCAAGCCCUGGAUACGACCCUGCAAACGUGAAGGUCAUUAAGCCUGACAGAGAGUUUUAUGUGUGCCCUAUAUUAAACACGAAACAAAGAGGUCACUCCAUUCUUGUGACCAGAGACAAGGUCAAGUAUCCCAGGUCCAGAGAUUUUGUCAUUGUCAGCAAGCAAGCUGGAGAAAUCA